ACAGUUGACGGAGAAGCUCACUGACCUCACAGCUAUGAUGCUUGCAGGUUUCUUUACUCUGCUCCUCCUUACAGGUGGAAAUACUUCAUCUUUACAACCACAACAACAAUUUGAAGAUCUUUCAGGAUCAUUCCAAAGCCCUGAGGAAAUGUCAGGUGGAAAUAGCUCUGAUCCAGACCCAGAUGACAUGCUGCUCUUAAUGCCUGCAUUUAUUAAUACAAGUGCUAUGGGCAACCCAACGGCUGAAAAUUUUAAACGGAUCUUUGAACAAAUUCGAGAAAAUGAGGUUUAUGUUCCAGAAGAAUGUGGUUCUCAAGCUGUUAUAAACCAUCUAAAUCUGACCCAGAACAGUGAGAAGUACACCCUGGGUAGGCCUGUUAAACACCAUAAUAGUUUGACCUGGGUACUUCUAGAGAUGAAGAUUUAUGCUAUCCUAGAUGUGAGAGAAACUGACCAGACUUUCAUUGCCUACAUCUGGAUUUAUUUAAGAUGGGACAAUGAGUACAUCUGGUGGUCCCCGAACCAAUUCUGUGGAGUUGAACAUAUCUUGGUGCCCACUAAACUUUUGUGGAUGCCGGAUCUGACUAUUGAAGAGAUGACAGAGCAGGACAAAGCCUCGCCGAGCCCUUAUCUCAACAUCAGGAGCCACGGUUGGGUUGAAUUUAGAAAUGACCAGGUGGUGAUCAGCACAUGCAAGAUGCGUGUUUACAAGUUCCCAUUCGACAUUCAGAGAUGCAACAUCUCCUUCAAGUCAAUUAUUCACUCAGAUGAAGAAAUAAAGUUAUUCUACAACAGCAAUAAUACAGAGAUCACAGAGUGGUCUAGAAAAACAUUGCAGACACAGUACGAGUGGCUGUUUGUUAGCAUGACAGUCAUGAGCAAAACUGUCAACCAUUUUGGCUUUAAUCAAACAAUGAUUGUUUACACGAUAAACAUGAAGAGGAGGUCUGUCCUCUAUAUUGCAAACUUCUUGUUGCCUGUCCUUUUCUUCCUGUGUCUGGACUUCGCCUCCCUCUUAAUGUCAGACACUGGCGGUGAGAAGGUUGGCUUCAAGAUCACUAUUCUGCUUGCAGUCACAGUGAUGCAGCUCAUUCUCAAUGAUAUUCUUCCGUCUUCAUCAGACAAGAUUCCGUUAAUAGCGGUUUACUGCAUUGGGACCUUUGCUCUUAUGCUGCUCAGCUUGUUGGAGACUAUUGUGGUCAUUCAUCUAAUUGAUAAAGAUGCAUCCCAGGACGAUGAAAAGGAAAUGACAAAAUGCCAGAUUGAAGGUCAGGAGAAGAAACUGACCGACUUGCAAAGCUGUUUUAUAGGGAUCAAGAAAUGUAGUAGUUGUGCAUCUGUUAACAAAACCUCAGCUGAUGGAACACCAUUUAUUGGAAAAGAGGGUGGAAUGGGCGGACUUACUGAAGUGUCCCUUGCACUAGAAAAGAUGUCAGACGAGCUUGGAUACAUCAAGAAAUCAAUAAUUCUUCUCAGUGGCAGACAGGAAGAGGAGAAACCCCGCUAUUGGACCAGAACUGCUCAAAAAAUAAACAAGGUUUAUGCAGUUUUUUAUGUCACAGCAACUAUCCUGUUUUUAGCGUUUGUCUCUAUAAUGUGGUAUUCUGCAGACGAAUAGUAAUUAAAGAAAAUGUAAGUUUAACUUAAAUUACUGUGUUUUUAUUUUAGGGCAUUGACAUGUUUGAUGACAUUUGCUUAUUUUAUUCAUUUCAGUUGGUGCUUAUACAUGUUGUCUCUGAUUAGUUCUUUUUACAUCAUAAUUUUGCUUUGCUAAAGCUGGUAAUAUGUGCAAUAAUGUUAUUAGUCAGCUUCUGGCUCCACUGAAAAAUGAAAACCAUUGGUGUAGUGUAAUGUUCUUGUUUUUUCAACCAAACCAAAAGGGAUUCAGGCUUGUCCUACUUAAUUGGAAAGCCACCUGUAACUGACCAAGUUCAUCCCUUUUCAUUUCCAUCUCACCUUUACUACAAUGGCAAAGCAAAUGGAGCUUAUGCAUGCAUGCAUUUCAUAUUAACAGAAAUUUUUUCUUGUAAAAUAUUAGUUUCAAUUUCCUGCGACGUCACCAUCAUGCACAUGCACAAAGUCCCAGUAAAAAAUUUACAAUUCAUUGUAGUAACAUGACAAAUUGGGAAUACAAGGUAGAUUACUAUGUAUUGUUGUUGACCAUGAACCAAUAUUAAAAUAAUACUUGCAGUAUAUAUAUGCAUUGUUGAAUGAUGUGCUUAUAUGUGAAAUGUUACUAAUUGUACUACUAUAUGUCUCAUUUUUUUAAAAAUACAUCAAGCAUUUAUGAAACUGAUAGGAAGGUUUAGAGUCACAGAAAGCAUAUUUUGCUCUUGCAUGUCCAUUAUUGUUGUUUUACCACAAAAGCAUCCUUAUUCAACCGCGUCCUGUUAAAUUAAAACUUUUAUAGUUUGUCCAGAGCAUUUGUGCCCUAUCCUCAAAGCAGUACCAUUGGUGUACAUACAUGGCGUAACACCACCAGAUAUGUGUUUUCUGUUAAACUGAGUAAAAAGUUUAGAAAAAACAAUAUGAUGUGUAUUUUCAUUUUGGAAUUCAAGUCCUUUUAAGGCUCAGAAGUUAUGCGUCAUGUUGUGGAUGGUGAAAGACUGAUUUGUGUCUGUUAACAUUUAAAAGCUACAUGCUAGAAGCUUUUUGUAAUCAUGUGAUUCAAAUAAAGUUCUCCCAA